CAAUCACUCAUCUGUCCAUCCAGUCCAGCACGUCUGUCUUCUUUCUAGGACGUGAAUUCAACCCCCAGCUAAAAUGUCGGAUAAAAAGAUGACAUCCAGUCGUAAGCAGCAUCUAAAGAGCCUGCUGCUACAGAUUGCCCAUGGGCUCAUCCAGGCUGAAGCAAUCCAGGCACUGGAGGAUAAGAACAGGUACAUGGAGGAGAAUGUGCCCUCACUCUCCAUCCCUGGAUCCAUGGAGGAACUCCAGGAUUUGUGUAAGAAGCUCCACCAGCAAAUAGAUGCAGUGGAUGAACAGAGAUAUGACCUGAGUGGCAAAGUAGCCAAAUGCGAUAAGGAGAUUGAAGAUCUGAAGAUUAAAGUGCAGGAUCUAAACGGAAAGUUCAAGAAGCCGGCACUUAAGAAAGUGCGUAUGUCUGCUGAUGCAAUGCUUCAGGCUCUGCUGGGUUCCAAACAUAAGGUGUCCAUGGACCUGAGAUCUAACCUGAAGCAAGUCAAGAAGGAGGUCAAGGAGGAGGUGAAAGACACUGCUGACUGGCGUAAGAACAUCGAGGACAAGUCUGGCAUGGAUGGCAGAAAGAAAAUGUUUGAGUCCGACCCAUAAACAAGACCUUCAGUAUCUGCAUUCGUGUUGCUAUUUCUCUGAUCAAUUUAUAACGUUUUCCAUUCUAAUCGUCUACCUCACUCUACUUACUGGGAGCUUUCCAUUCCACCAGGAACAGACCAUACCCUCAAGCGGAACCACUCGAUGUGUAUGUAAUAAAGUCCUCAGAUUGUAUGACACUGUCCUUUUUAUGAGAAUGAGGACGUGGCUGCAUUGCUCAGGAGGGUAGUUAAAUGUGUAUGCGGAAUGCAAACACACAAGCGAUCAUAAUAGUAGUCAUGGUACUACUCUUAGUAUUAGCUGUAGUAACUGUUUUAGUAGUAGUAGUGGUAAAAGUAGUAAUCGUAGUGGUAAUAGAAGUGCUAGUAGUUGUAGCUGUUGUAGUGAUAUAUUUUAGUAGUCGUAGUGGUGGUAGUUGUGGUAGCAGAAAUAGUAAUUAUAGUAGUAGUAGUAAUGGCGGUAGUUGUAGUAGUAGUAAUAGUAAUUAUAUUAGUAGUAGCAGUAAAGGCAAUAGUUUUAUGAAUAGUGGUAAUAGUAAUUAUAGUAGUAGUAGUGGUCGUAGUAGUAGUAGUAGUGGUAAUACUAAUUAUAAUAGUAGUAGCAGUGGUAGUGGUAAAUGUAGUGUUAGUACUACUUGUGAACUAGGGACAUGUACAAGCACAAUGCCAGUAGAUCGGGUGUGUAUUUGGAUGAGUUAUGGUUUCUUCUUCCUGGAGGUCAUUGCCUGGACAUUGGUAGUGUCACAAACAAUGUUAUUUAGUUAACCAAAACUGUCAAGUGUUUCAUGACCCCAAUGUUCCCUCAUUUAGACAAUGUAUAUAAAUAGUGGGAAGGGAAUGAAUAAGAAACUAAACUUUAUCUUUGUGUUCCUUUAUCCAUGGUCUGAGUUGUUCUGGAUAUGAGUCCGCUGAAUGACUGAAACAGAACAUAUUCUUGUGUCAGUGUGGGUUAGAAUCAGACCCAUUGCCUGGUCUAUGUGUCUAUGUGUUUUUCUCUCAAC